AUGCAAGAACUAUUGAAUCAAUUGAAGAAAAAGUAUGGACCACAAUUUGUCGCUAGAGUUUUGGUUAAAGUGAUUAAUGGAUGUGCCACUAUCAAUAUGUUACGGAUUGCACAAGAGUUGGUACUACAUCAUCAGAAAUUGUGGUUGGACAUUCGUGAGACAGAGUGGAGUUUGAGUCUAGACGAACCGCUCUUGCCACCGUCCAUUGUAGGUCAUUUAAUGACCAAGAUGGCGCAAAAGAAGAAACAUAAACAAAUGCUACAGUUGGCAAUGGAAUAUUUUGCAAAUCCAGCAUUUGAUGCAGCCAGAGAUUUUCAGCAACAAGCGUUUUUGAAACUGUUUGAAGCAAGUGUCAAGACGCAACAAAGCCCGAGACGUAUUGUACGCACGUUUAUAGAUUACGUGGAUGGAAAUUAUCGUGUCAGUGGUGGAAAUGUAGAGAAGAUGAAAAGUUUAGUGCUUGAAAAAGGCUUUGGAGCUGCUAUUCAAUGUUGUGUGACACUCAAAGAAUUUCCGCUGGCAUUGCAUUGCUACCAAAUGAUGGGGAGUAUUCGCAAGAGGCUGGUUGGCGGUGGUGGUGAUGGUGAAUUGGAGGUGAAUGAGUUGUUUGACGAUGCUGAAAAGAAAGAAAGAGUUUGUAUCGUAGAUGAGGUGCUUCCAGUGGACGAAAACGUGUGCGUCAACGUGAUGAAAGCGUGUAUGGCACUGAAGGAUAUUUCCACAUUUAAGAACGUGUUUCGGGGAAUGGUUGCUCGAGGUGUAGCACGUAGUGCUGGAUUUGGGUCGGCGAUCCGUUAUUGUCACAUGCAGUUGGAUCCAACCUUUCUCGAAGAAGUGUUGGACGAGGUAUUUUUGACGGAGCAGGAGCUUGCGGGUGCCUGGAUGUUAGAGGUAGAAAACUACAAUGAUGCGCUUGGCUGUUUUGCAGCUACGAAUAGGCCGGAUCAAGCCAAGGAACUUUUCUCGCACAUGCUGAACAAUUCUUUCAUCGCGCCUGACCAUAUCACGAUGCUCGAGAUGGUGGAAAAUCACCGUGAUGCCACGAUCGAGGAGAUUUUCAACCUCAUGGAUGUUUUUCUGGAGUGGAAGCUGGCACCUAAUCUGCAGGUUUUCACUUCACUGCUAUCGAUCUGUAUGCGCAGGCGUGUAGUAGGCGAUGCCAUCGCGCUCAUGGAUGCGAUGGAGAAACAUGGUAUAGUUCCAGACAUUAAGGUCUAUACGACGAUCGCAUUUAUCCGCGCAUCUCAUGGUGACUUGAAGGCGGUGAUAGAUAUUUUGAAGGACAUGGCUAGCCAAAAUAUAGCUACAGACCGGAUAUUCUUUGACUACGUCAUCAACGCACUGCAUGGGUCUUGUGGUAUUGAUAUGUGCUUCUCGCUAUUCCGUGAGCUGAGCCAAGAUGGCAUGGCGAUCCCUGAAGGGCUGUACGUCUCUCUGGUUGACCUGGGAACCAAGAUUGGUUUGAUUGAGCGCACCUUGCAUGUUGCCUAUAACAUGGAGUGCGAAGGCUUUCAACUAUCUCCUGAGCAGUUGCAUGAGCUGAUGAUGCGGUGCCAGUCGUAUGACGAGAUCUUGGAGUUUUUGCGCACCUUCUCUUUGUUACACCAGGGACGGCAGCCUGAGACCCCGCGCUUUGAGAUAGAAUUGUACGAAGAUCUGAUUUCAGUGCUAACACAGUUCAACUGUAAGAAUGAGAUAUCGAAAGUUCAAGAGCUAGCUAGAGCGGCGGGGCAUGACGAUCUAAUUUUGUAG